AUGGGAGAUAUCUUGGGCCAGGUGAAGGGACAGACUGUUACAGACAACAACAGCGUGGCCGGGGACGCAGAUAACGUCCUGCAGCCCAUCAUGGACUUCCUCGACACCAAGUGAGACACAGAGACCGAGACGCGCACACACACAUAUGUUUUGGCUCACAAAGCACUUCAAAGGUGCCAAAUUUGUCACAUACACUACAUGGCCAAAACUAUGUGGACACCUGCUCGUGGAAAAUCUCAUUCCAAAAUCAUGGGCAUUAAUAUGGAGUUGGUCUAAUAAACUACUCAAAUACACACAACCUGACAAAGAAAAGUCAUAAACAUAUUUAUUUGAGAAUCAUGUCACCUUCCAUCCUUGUCUAGUCAAGUUUGGCCCUCUGGUAAAGUAGGCAGCAGUCUCGUCUGGGGGCCUGUGGGAGGGAUGCACUCUAUGCGGGUUGAGAGUCAGGGGCAGACCAGGCUGUGAAUGCGAUGUUAGGGUGACAAAGUCACAGUCAAAACAAUAUUGGAGUUGGCCUGAAAAAGGAAGUAGCAAUGCAAUCGCAGCGAGGUAUUGGAACAUAUGAUUAUUGCUGCAAAUUGGACAACCUGGGGGGAUGGUGUUCAGCAGAUGGUAUAUCCACAUACAUUAUCUAUGUAGUCGUUUCAAUGGGAGAAACCAAGGGUUUAUUCAGUGUACAUCAAGGAAAACCUGUGAUGUUAAACUGUAAGAGGUUUGUUAUACUGAUGCUAAGGAAAGGGGUGAAUCAUUAAUUGCUAAUAAACUGUUAUAGUUGGUUGGCUGUAGAUGGUUUAUGCAAUCUAUUGAAGUUUAAACAGGUUGAAAAUGCACACUCCCUCCCUCAAUCCCUCCCUCCCUCCCUCUCUCCCUUCCUUCCCUCCCUCCCUCCCUCCCCACCCUCCCUCCCUCCCUCCCUCCCUCCGCUCCCUCCCUCCCUCCCUCCUCUCUCUUAAACUGUAAGUGUUUGUUAUACUGAUCUAAGAAAGGGGUGAAUCAUUACUUGCUAAUAAACUGUUAUAGUUGGUUGGCUGUAGAUGGUUUAUGCAAUCUUUUGAAGUUUUAAAAGGGUUGAAAAUGAUCCACACUCACGAACUCCGAUCUCUCUCUAUCUCUCUAUGCUCUCUCUCUCUCUCUCUCUCUCUCUCUCGCUCUCUCUCUCUCUCUCUCUCCUCUCUCUCUCUCUCCCUCCCUCCCUCCCUCCCUCCCUCCCUCCCUCCCUUGCAUGGGUGUACUAAGGUGCAUGUAUUCUCUCCUCUAUAGCCUGUCGCUGUUUGCUAAGAUCUGUGAGAAGACUGUGCUGAAGAGAGUGCUGAAGGAACUGUGGAAACUGGUCAUCAACACUAUGGAGAAAAGCAUUGUGCUUCCACCGUUCACAGACCAGUCGGUGAGUAACACACACACACGUACACACGUACACACACACACACAUUUUCUUAUGUCUACAAACCUGAGCAUAAUUCUCUUCCAUACAUUAUCUUCCAGUCUUUUUAAAUUAUUUUCCAUGGUAUAAUACAGUAUCUACCAUUCAUUUAUAAAUAUGAUGUUCUGGUUAGAAUCCAAGGUUGUGAACGGGCCCAUUGGCUAGAAUAAGAGGUAGAGGAUUCAAUGGUUACUUCCUGGUUGUUGAUUUGUUGAGAUGGGCCUGUGCAGAUUCACUGACCCCCUCUCUCUCGCCAUCGCCCCACCCUCUCCUCCUCAGGUUAUAGUAAGUACUGUGUGUGUGUGAGUCUGUGAUGUGUGUGUGAGUGUGUGUGUGUGUGCGCGCUCGUGUGAACAAGUGUGUGUGUGUGUUUCUCCCUGUAUGAUGUCUGUCAGCACGGACACACAGAGUCCUCUGCUACCUGUGACAUCACUCCUCUUGUCCCCCAUGCUACUCUGUGUAACCCCCUCCCUGUCUCAGAUGUAUCCCAAGCUCCUAGGCCCACUUGUAUAACUCCAGAAGGAUUGGGUUGUUGUAAGCAGUAAAGCUAACACCUAUCCACUCCCUCCAGAUCUACAUGAGUGACUAGUGGGUAGGGGGAGAGGGCUUGAUUUGAGUGCAUUGUCUAGUGUCAUUAUCAAACCCUGUCCGUAUGUAGAAUGAGAAUGGGUGCAACGGCUGAGCGAUGGGAAUACCUGAACCUGGUGGCACAGCUGUAUACAGCAAACCUUAAUACCCCUCCUUGCUUCAUAUCCUACCAUACCUUAGGGUUCCUAAAAAUUAGUAUAUCCUUGUCUCAUCUCUUAGUCUCCUUUCUAUAGUCUACUUUUCAUCCUCCUUAGUCUCUCUUUCUUAGUUCUCUCCUCCUAGUCUCCUCUUCCUCCCUCCUUAGUCUCAUCUAUCCCCCUAGACUAUCUUCCUCCUCCUAGUCUCCUCUUCCUCCCUCCUUAGUCUCCUCUUCCUACCCCUUAGUCUCCUCUUCCUCCUCCUUAGUCUCAUCUUCCUCUCUACUUAGUCUCUUUCCUCAGUAUUCUGCUACUUAGUCUCAUCUUCUCCCCUUAGUCUUUCUUUCCUCCUCCUUAGUCUCCUCUUCCUCCCCCCUUAGUCUCCUCUUCCUCCCUCCUUAGUCUCCUCUUCCUCCCCUUAGUCUCCUCUUCCUCCUCCUUAGUCUCCUCUUCCUCCCUCUAGUCCUCUUACUCCCCUUAGUUCCUCUCCUCCCCCUUAGUCUCUCUUCCUCCUCUUAGUUCUCCUCUUCCUCCCUCCUUAGUCUCCUCUUCCUCCCCCUUAGUCUCCUCUUCCCCCCUCCUUUACCUCUGUCUCAUAUUUUUCUCCUUGUCACGUUUUUCUUUUAGAAGGAACGUGUCCUUCCGCUACAGUGUUGCCUGUAUGUUGAAUGGAUUGGAGGUUUCCACACAACCCCGUACUGGAUUUGAAACCUCUCCUGCACAUGUCUUUUUUCCCCAUUCUUUAUUGUGACAUGUUUAACUACAUGUAUGUGUCAUUUGUACUCUCCUCAUCUUCUUCAAACAACUCUCCCCCUCCUCAUGCUCCUCUCUCUACACCUCUUUCCCAACCCUCUUCCCUCUCUUCUCUCAUCACCAUCACCCCUCUCUCUCGCUCUCUUUCUCUCUCAUGCUCACUCUCUCUCUCUCUGUCUCUCUCACUCUCCCAACCUCACACUCUCUCUGUCUCUCACUAUCGCUCUCAUUCUCUCAACCUCUCUCUCUCUUUCCAUCACAGGGCACUCAGAUGAUCUUUAAUGCAGCUAAGGAGUUGGGCCAGCUUUCCAAGCUCAAGGUAAUUAUGAUGACACAUUAGAAAGAGUUCCUUUCUUGAUUUCUACAGCAUGUUUCAUAUAAAAUGCAGUCCUGUCAUGCAUUGUGUCGUAUUAACUACAUUGUUGCAUUAACUCUGUUGUCUGUUUCCCGGUACACUGCAGGAGCACAUGGUGAGAGAGGAGGCCAAGGCUCUCUCUCCUAAACAGUGUGCCAUCAUAGAGCUGGCAUUGGACACCAUUAAGGUACUGUAUACUAUAUGCAGUAUGUAUAACAUGUGUACUAUGUACUGUGCAGUAAAUAGUAUGUGUCUGCUACUGUAUGCAGUAUGUAGUACAUUGAAAAUAACUGUCAAACAUAAAGCUACUUAAAGCAUCCAGGUAUGAUGCUUCAUAACUUGUUAUAAGCAUGUAUGAGCCGUUGUGAUGUCUUAUAACAAGGGUUGGACUAUGUUACAUCUCUCUAAGGAUAAAUAACAAUGCCUGUUGACCUCUCCCCCUGCAGCAAUACUUCCAUGCGGGUGGUGUGGGUCUGAAGAAGACGUUCCUGGAGAAGAGUCCUGACCUGAAGUCUCUGCACUAUGCCCUGUCCCUCUACACACAACACACUGAUAAACUCAUCAGGAAGUUUGUCCUCUCACAAAAUGCUCAGGGUACGUCACCCCCUCUGUCUGUCUGGCUAGUGGUCUGGCUGUCUGGCUGGCUGGCUGGCUGGCCCCUCUGGCUAGCUGGCUGGCUAGUGGGCUGGCUAGUGGGCUGGCUGGCUGGUAGGCUGGCCGGCCGGCUGGCUCGCGGGCUGUGUGUCUGUCUGUCUGACUGACUGGCUGGCUGUUUGUCUGUCUAUCUGCCUGUGUGUCUGAUAUCUUUUUGAAUGCUAACUGUCAUUGUGAAAUUUGUUAAAAUAAUACAUCCUACUGAAGUCUCUUCUCUUCCACUCUCUCUCUGCUAGUCCAUGGAGGGAAGGGGGUUAGGUAUACCCUCAACGAAGACACAUUACCAGAAAAGGGUAAGUGCCUGUGACCGUGCAUACCCCCACCCACCCCUCAAUUUCUCCCUCCCUCUCCUUCUCUCUACAUCUAUCCAUUAUAAACAGGUCCAUUAUAGUUGGAUAGGUCUAGAGAGGCCAAGCUACAGGUGUUUUCAGGAGAAUUACCAUCAAUUAGUGAAUUACAGUAUUGUCUGCAAGUCUGUAGCUUGGCCUUAACCCUGGUACUAAACCUUGCCCAGACAAGCCCUGCUCGUCUCAUUACCAAGAGGUGUGUGUUUUAGUACCAAUCGUUCCGUUUAUUUAGUUUAAUUAGUUUACAUCCCUAUUAGUGAGCAUUUCUCCUUUGCCAAGAUAAUCCAUCCACCUGACAGGUGUGGCAUAUCAAGAAGCUGAUUAAACAGCCUGAUCAUUACACAGGUGCACCUUGUGCUGGGGACAAUAAAAGGCCACUCUAAAAUGUGCAGUUUUGUCACAUAACACAAUGCCACAGAUGUCUCAGGUUUUGAGGGGAGUGUGCGAUUGGCAUGCUGACUGCAGGAAUGUCCACCAGAGCUGUUUCCAGAGAAUUGAAUGUUAAUUUCUCUACCAUAAGCUGCCUCCAACAUCGUUUUAGAGAAUUUGGCAGUACGUCCAACCGGCCUCACAACCGCAGACCACGUGUAACUACGCCAGCCCAGGACCUCCACAUCUGAGGGGGGUGCUGAGGAGUAUUUCUGUCUGUAAUAAAUCCCUUUUGUGGAGAAAAACUCAUUCUGAUUGGCUGGGCCUGGCUCCCCAGUGGGUGGGCUUCCAAGUCGGUAGGCCUAUGCCCUCCAAGGCCCACCCAUGGCUGCACCCCUGCACAGUCAUGUGAAAUCCAUAAAUUAGGGCCUAAUGAAUUUAUUUCAAUUGACUGAUUUCCUUAUAUGAACUGUAACUCUAACUAUUUUUGUUCAGUGUCUAUAUACUAGAUAUUAGGAAUAUCUUUCAAACAAAAAAUAACAUUAUUAACCGUUUUUUUCUAUUUUCUUUUUUAAAUGGACACACACACAGGAAAUGGACACACACAGGAAAUGGACACACACAGGAAAUGGGCACACACGCACACUCUUUAAUCAGGGAAUGGACAAUAGAGUAGAGGAUCCCAGUGGUGGAACGAUCCAAAUGUCAGACACACACAGAUUUAUCAGCCUGUCUUUGCUUUACUGUACAUUAAACUAGCCUGUGUCAGGGGGUGUCAGAGGGCUCUGGUCAACAGCAGUGAUCUCAACUCUGUGUGUCUGAUGUGGUGGUUAACCCUUGACCUCUGGCAGGGUCGGGAGUGGAGGAGCCAAUCGGAGAGGUGGUAAUGCACGUGGAGAUCUUCACCCACCCCAACACUGGAGAACACAAGAUCACUGUGAGAGGUGAGAGCGGAAGGGAUGGAGGGAGGGGCUGAGGGGGGAGGGAGGGGCUGAGGAGGAGGGAGGGGAUGAGGGGGGGGGGGGGGGGGGGGGGGGGCUGAGGGGCUGAGGGGGAUGGAGGGAGGGGCUGAGGAGGGAGGGAGGGGCUGAGGGGGGGAGCGAGGGGCUGAGGGGGGAUGGAGGGAGGGGCUGAGGGGGGAGGGAGGAAAGGCAAAAGAGAGGGAGGGAUGAAAGGGGAGGGGUAAUGUGGAACGGGAGUGCGUAAGGUAGGGUUGAAGAUGGGCUUUACAUGCGUUCUAAUUGCACUAGACUUGAGCUUCUUUGAAAUGCACUACAAACUAGCUACAAACUAGCUACAAACUACUGUAGCUACAAACUAGCUACAGCACAUGUCAUUUGUACUCUCCUCAUCUUCUUCAACCCCUCCUCAUGCUCCUCUCUCUACACCUCUUUCCCAACCCUCUUCCCCCUCUUCUCUUCUCUCAUCACCAUCACCUCUCUCUCUCUCUCUCUCUCUCUCUCUCUCUCUCUCUCUCUCUCUCUCUCUCUCUCAGUGAUUGCUGCUAAUGACAUUAAGUGGCAGACCCAGGGGAUCUUUCGUCCCUUCGUGGAGGUCUACAUCAUUGGUCCCCACCUCACUGACAAGAAGAGGAAGCACGCCACCAAGUCCAAGAACAACAGCUGGUCACCCAAGUUCAACGAGACCUUCCAAUAGUGAGUAUAUCAGGUCUCUGUCUGGUGGUGGGGGGGGGGGGGGGGGGAUGUGUGUGUGUGUGUGGAGGGGGGGGGGGGGUCUGUGUGUGUGUGGAGGGGGGGGGGGGGGGGGUCUGUGUGUGUGUGUGUGUGUGGAGGGGGGGGGGGGGUCUGUGUGUGUGUGUGUGUGUGUGUGUGUGUGUGUGUGUGUGUGUGUGUGUGUGUGUGUGGGGGGGGGUCUGUGUGUGUGUGUGUGUGUGUGUGUGCGCGUCAAUGUCAAUAUGUGUGCAUUAUCUAACAAACCUCUCAUCUGUCUCCUCUCUAGUUCCCUGGGCAGUGAGUUGGGUCCGGAGGGCUAUGAGCUUCAGGUGUGUGUGAAGGACUACUGCUUCGCCAGGGAGGACCGUACAGUGGGCAUGGCCCUGAUGCAGUUGAAGGACAUGUCCUCUCGGGGUAGCAUGACGUGCUGGCUCCCCCUGGGGAAGAGGGUCCACAUGGACGAGACGGGCCUGACGGUACUGAGGAUCCUGUCCCAACGCAACAACGACGACGUGGCCAAAGAGUUUGUCAAGCUCAAGUCAGACCAGCGCUCUGCCGAGGAGGGACGGGCGAGCUGA